AUGAGUUAUUUAAAUUAUGAACCUGAUAUUUUAGAAAGGAUUGAUGUUUUAGCCAAAAAUUAGGAUUCUAGAAAAAAAAUAUUUGAUGAAAUUAGUCAAAUACUUUCAGAUCGCGCAAAGUUAGAAGAGUUUUACGCGAGAAGUUUAGAGAGAUUAUGCGAAGGAUUAUCAAAAAUCAAAGUGAAUAAUAACGAAAGUCUAAAAUAGAUUAUAUAGGUAAUUUAGACUCUGUUUUCAAGCCAAGCAGAGCAGAGUCAAACAUUUGGUUCUUCAAUCAGUAACGAUAUAAUACCAAAUAUGAAAGAUAUUUUCAAAGACGAUGUUUAUUCUUUGAAAAAUAUGCAAAAAAUAGGAGAGAGACAUGAAAAAGAAUUAAUUAAAUAAGUUUAAGGAUUUGAUAAAAUGAGAAAGCAAUAUAUUUAAAUGAGUUAAGUAGUGGAAAAAAAAUUAAAAGAUCAAUAGCAGUUUGAAUAGCAACUAGAGCAACAUAUUAAGGUGCAUCAAAAGACAUAAGACAUAAAUAUCAUUAAUUAGCUUAAAAAAAGAAAGCAAGAUCUUUAAAAUGAAUAGAAGGUACUUGAAUGCAUGAAUAGAUAAAAGAUAAAUUCUGAGUAAGAAAUGCAAAAUUAUAUUCAAAAGUAUAAUUAAUAUAUUGACGAGUAUUUCCUAGAUGUUGCUCGCAUCGAAGAUUAAAUCUAAAAUGAAGAAAUAUAAAAACGAGACUAAAUGAAGGAUUGUAUAAUGAAGUAUUUGGUAUUCAAGAUAUCUCUUGUUAGAAAUAUUUAAUAUGAUGUAGACCGUAUUACUACUAAACUUGAAGAGAUUGAUACAAAAUAAAAUAUCAAAUAGUAUGUCAAUGAUUUACUUAGUUAAUAUAGAGAUUAUAAAAAUAAUGGAUAAAUAAAGCCUUUACUCUGCAAGCUAAAUUUCGAUAAUUACAAGUAGUUUAUUGACAUGAAAAUGGCUCACACCCAACAAGCAGCUAGGCAGUAAAAUGCAAAUCCUCAUUAAAACAAUCAUUAACAUAACCAUCAUCAUCAGCACAAUUUAAAUCAAAAUAAUGCUGGACAAGCAAAUGCACAGAUUCAAAUGCAAGAAUAAAAAGCCAGACCAAAAAUUUUUACUUAGUAAAAUCUAUCUUCUAUCCCUCCUCUACCUUAACCAGUUAAUAACAGUAAUAAUAUUAUUCCUAAUGAAUAACUAGACGCAUAGCAAAAAUAAAAAAGACCUCAUUCGAAAAUAUUUUAAGUUUCAAAUAUGGUAGUUAGAAAAGUUUCUAACGAAAUUAGUGAUAAUAAUUCUUAGCUGCAAAAAGCUAACGAUAUAUAAUAAUAGCAAGCUCUGAAACAAGAAGAAGUUAUUUAAUAGAAUUAGCAAAUAGCAUUAAAAGAAAAAUAGGGAUCAGUCCAACAAGAGUAAUAGUAAGAUGGUAGAUUAAUACUAGUCAAAACAAGUUCACAGCAUAUCAAAUAACCAACAGAAUAUAAAUAUAUUGAUAUUAUGAAUAUGAUGAAAUAAAAAUAAUUGUCAAAAUAGAAAGAAUUAAAAGGCGAUUUGGGUAAUAAAGAUGAAACUCAUAAAGCACAAGAAGUUUUAGAGAUAGAAACUGAAGAUUUAUUUGAGUAUAUUCUUCUAAAAAUAUGGAACAAUAAUGAACUUCAAAGCUAUGAUGUAGAUUAAUUAAGAUCUAUUCUAGAAAGAGAUAGCAGUAGUAGAAUGUCCUUUUCUAACUAUUUUUGCAAUUUCUUUGGCAGUCUAAUUUCUGAUUAUACUAAAAAAUUAAUAGCUGAAGAGAAAGAUAUUGUAAAUAGACUUUUAUUAGAAAGAGGUAAAGUAGAUAUUUGCAUCGAAAUAAGCUCUGAUACAUACACUUAUCUCAUGAGGAUUCUUUAUUGUGUAUUAGAUAUUUUGAAUUCUUGCAAUGAUCUCCAUUUCAUUUCAGAUAUUUACCGUACUUCAAAAUCUAUUUUUAAAGUUAUCCGUCCUCCUGAUGAAGACAUUAAAUCUUUUGAAAGGAUAUUCUUAAAUUAAGGGUUGAGUGGGCAUUAGCUAUUUUAAAAUCAAAACCACUGGUAGAACAAGCUUAAAUUAAUAGUAGAAUAACUUGAAAAUCUCUAUGAAUAAAGAGUGAGAAACUAAGGCGGUGUUUCAGAUACUGAAGAGAUUAAAGCAAAAAAAAGUGUAAGUGAUGAAAAGAAUAUAAAUAGUAGUAUGAAUGAACUUAAUGAUGAGGGAUAAUAUCUUUAUUCAAAGCUUCUUAUAAGCAUUAGAGAUUUAUUCGAAUUUGAAAUACCUAAGGAAAAAAUAGCACAAAUAGUGCAAAAUUUAGUAGAAGAAGCUAUCUUAACUUAAGACGUAGCAAAAUAUUUGAUCAUUUAUAUAAACUAAUAUGAAAAAAAGGAAAUAGCUGUAAUGCAAUCUGAAGAAUUGGCUUUUGAAGAUUUGCAGUUCAAUUAAAAUUAAAAAAUCAGUAACUUAUAAUAACAAGAUGACAUUUAAGACUUUUAACCUUCUUCUAAUUCUUCAAGUGAAGAAAAUAGCUUUGAGUAACAAGAAAUAAAAGAAAAAUAAAUUAGUGAAUAAAUUAAUAAUGAUGAUAUCUAAGAACAAAUUUAAAAUGAGUAAACCUAAAAAGAAAUAGGCUAAGAAGAUGGAAAAAAUAUAAAUUAAAAAUAAGAAAAAGAAGAAUUUGAUGACGAAGAAGAUACUAUUAAAGACCUAGAAAAUAAAUAUGCUGAAGGAUUACAAUGA